UAAUGAGGACGUGGAGUUGUUGAUGUGAGUCUUGACAAUAUGGCCACCGUUAAGGGAUCCGUUUUACCAACUCAUUAUAGGGCUAUAAAUGUUCAAAAAAGUGGUCUUCGGGUACGAGAGAAGUACAUUCUGUUCAUUAUAUGUGGCAUAUUUUGUUUUCUAAUGUUUGGAGCUUUUUUUUUCAUUCCGGACUACGGUCCUUCUGAUUAUUUGAAUGCUGGUAAAAAAGCUUUAUCAAAUUUGGUGAUUAAAAAUCAACGAAGAAUCAUCGAUCCCAUAAUGCCUCCUAUAAAGAACGUUGUUAAAGUAUUUAGAGGAAAUUUAAGUAGUCAUGAAGCUCAAGGGAAGAAAGUUGAUCCUGUUCAAAAUAAGAACGUUUAUCCGAUCAAAGAUGAAAAAAUAAAGAAUAACAAAGAUGAGAAUGGCGAAGACAAUAUUCGCUUAAGGGAAAAGAUUCGAGAAAAGAAGAAAGUUUUUAAAGAAAAGAGAAAAGAAGAACAUGAGCAAAAGAAGAAAGAAGAAGCUCAAAGGUUGUUGAAUCUCAGACCAACCAAACAUAAAGAAAAGGCCGGCGGAGGUGAACCAAAGGACAAGGAAAGUAAAAAACGUCGAAAUACAGUCAGACAGAUGAUGGAAAAGGCUUGGAAUGGUUACGUAAAAAAUUCAUGGGGUCAAAACGAAUAUAGACCGAUCAGUCAGACAGGUCAUUCGGCCAACAUCUUUGGCUCACACUCCAUGGGGGCGACAAUCGUUGAUUCUUUGGACACGCUUUAUAUUAUGGGCUUAGAAGAUGAGUUCAAGAAGGCUCGUGAUUGGGUUGCCACUGACUUGUCUUUUGAUAAGGGGAUGACGGUGUCCGUUUUUGAAAUCUGUAUUCGCUUUCUUGGUGGUCUUUUGACUAGCUAUGCUUUGACCGAAGACGAGGUUUUCAAAAUCAAAGCAAAGGAUCUUGGGAAUCGUUUGUUGCCUGCAUUUAAUACACCAACGGGUAUUCCUUAUGGUUUGUUAAAUCUUGCAAGUGGAACGGGUCACAAUUGGGGCUGGGCGUCAGGUGGUUCGUCUAUUCUUGCUGAAUUUGGAACUCUUCAUUUGGAAUUUGUUUAUCUUUCAUAUAUCACCAAAGAUCCUUUGUAUGCUAAUAAGGUUAAAAAAGUGCGCGAUGUUUUAGACAAAAUGGACAAACCUCAGGGAUUAUAUCCAAACUAUGUUAAUCCUAACAGUGGUGCUUGGGGACAAAAUCAUGUUUCGUUGGGCGCGUUAGGCGAUAGUUUUUAUGAAUAUUUAUUAAAAUCAUGGAUACAAAGUGGUAAAACCGAUCACCAAGCUCGUAGAAUGUAUGAUGACACGAUUGAGGCGAUUGAGAAUAUUAUGGUUCAAAAAAGUUCGUCCGGACUGACGUAUGUUGGAGAGUAUCGUUUUGGCAGCAUCGAACAUAAAAUGGGACAUUUGGCUUGUUUCUCUGGAGGAAUGUUUGCGUUGGGUGCAGAAGGUUCGCGCAGGAAUAGAAAACAUCAUUAUGUUGAUUUGGGAGCGAAAAUUACGAACACUUGUCAUGAAUCAUAUAAACGAACAGCCACGGGUAUCGGUCCAGAGAUGUUUUUCUUUGAAGGACCACACGAGGCAAAAGGACUGAGAGGAAGCGAACGUUAUUACAUAUUACGUCCUGAGGUCGUCGAGUCUUACUUUGUAAUGUGGAGGAUCACACAUGAUCAGAAAUAUCGUGAGUGGGGAUGGGAAGCUGUGAAGGCAAUCAAAAAGUAUUGCGAAGUUGGUGAUGGUUUCUCGGGUAUUCGUGAUGUCGAUACCAUUCCUGUUCAACAUGACGACGUCCAACAAAGUUUCUUCAUGGCCGAAACCUUAAAAUAUUUAUAUCUUUUGUUUUCUGACGACUCACUAAUACCUUUAGAUAGUUGGGUAUUUAACACGGAGGCGCAUCCUUUGCCAAUUAUUGGAAAACUUAGAUUAUAAAAUAAAUUUAUGGAAUUUAAUCAUGGAGACUUCAGACGCGCGAAGUUUCAUCCUCCAACAACUCGUCUCUUUAAGACAUCUUUGUAACGUUUUCUAAACUUGUACGUAAAUAGUUUAUUUUGCAUCAACUGGACGGUUCCACCACCUAGAGUUGAUGGGAAAUUUUUUAAACUUGAAAAAAAUAUGCAUUUUCUUGCCGCUUUUUUAAUCACUUUGUUUCAGGUACAUAAACGCCGAUAAAACUGGCUAAUAUGAUUCAUGAUAAGGAAGUGCAUUAAUGUCUAUGUUUAUUUCAAGCUGACGUUCAGUGAUUUAAAAUGAAUUGAUUGUUAGAAGGGCCCAUAUUCAUGUAUGUAUGUCUUAGUUUUAUCAAAAUAUAUUGUGAUUAUUGAUUGUAACAUAUGAAUGCAUGAAUGUAAUCCCUCAAUUAUCAUUCUUCAGCAGAACCUGUUGUCUACUUAAAACUAAAACAUAGAUUUGUAAAGAAAUGAACCAUAGAAAUGUAAUGUUCAAAUACAUACACGGCAUGACUAAACUUAUGUGAAGGCUAUGCCACUCAUUUAGGUAUUGAAGGGAAAAUAUAAGCAAGUGCAACUCA